AUGUUCAAAACAGUCCAAUCAGAUAUUUAAAUGCUCCCCGAUCCUUUUGAUUACAAGCAUGCAGAAUCAACAGGAACUUCUAUUAUGGCUUUAGUUUAUGAUGGUGGUGUUUUAGUCGGCGCUGACUCACGUACCACUUCAGGAUCUUACAUUGCCGAUAGAGCUUAAGAUAAAGUUGAUUAUUUACAUGAACGUAUUUACUGUUUAAGAAGUGGUAGCGCAGCUGAUACCCAAACUCUUUGCUCAUAUGUUCGUUAUUAUUUAGAUGUUCACUCAAUGGAAUUGCAAAGAAGACCCACUGUUAAGACUGCUGCCAAGCUCUUCUCAAACUUGAUUUAUUAAUAUUAAGAUAAUUUAAGUGCUGCAGUUAUAGUUGCUGGUAUUGAUGAUAAUGAAGGUCCUUCUAUCUAUGCUUGUUAACCCAGUGGCAGUUGCAUUAAGUAAUAAGUAGCUAUCGGUGGUAGUGGUAGUGGUUUUAUUUUCAGUUAUGUUGAUGCUAACUUUAGACCAAAUAUGGAUCUUGAAUCAGCUAAAAAACUUGUAAAAACUGCCCUUGCUCAUGCUAUGAGUAGAGAUGGUUCUUCAGGUGGUAUUAUUAGACUUGUAAAUAUCACUAAGGAUAAUGUUACUCGUGAAUUCUUUGAUCACAAGGAUCUUCCUUACCACUUCACUAACAUACAUUGA